AUGAUAGAAGAACCUGGUGAUAAGUAUCUGGGUCACAUUUGUCCUAAGUCUGGCACUGCUGUGAAUAUAGUAAAUAAAAUCUUGGAGUUUUUACAAAAAUGUAAUUUGGACCUCAACAGAUUAGAGGUCAUUGGCUGUGAUGGUACUGUCACAAACACAGGGCGUAAGGGAGGCAUUAUAGUGUUAAUGGAGAAUAAAAUUGGAAGGCCCCUGCAGUGGUUUGUCUGUCAGCUACACGCCAAUGAGUUGCCCCUAAGACAUCUAUUUGAAAAACUGGAUGGCAAUACCAGUGGACCACACAACCAUAUCAGGAAUGACAUUCUGGAGAGAGCACCUCUACAUCAGUGUCAACAUGCUUAUAGAGCGGGCAGAUCCACAGAAACCGCACUAUAUCAACUGACACAAAUCAUCCAGAAAAGCCUGAAUGAGAAAGAAACAGCCAUCUGCGCCUUUCUAGAUAUAUCUGGGGCAUUUGAUAACACGUCACAUGUAGCGGUAAAAAAUGCCCUGGAAAAAAGAAAUUUGAACAAAACCAUAAUCCGAUGGAUUUGUCAAAUGCUUGCCACGCGUACGGCUGAGACUACUGUGGGCGAACAGACCACAGGCAUCAAAACUACUCGUGGCACGCCUCAAGGAGGGGUAACUUCACCCUUACUAUGGAGUCUAGUAGUCGAUGAACUACUUGAGAUAUUGACAAAUCUCGGUUUCACCUGCAUAGGAUAUGCUGAUGAUAUCGUUAUUAUAGUCAAAGGCAGGUAUAAGGGCACUUUAUACGACCUCAUACAAAGAAGCCUAAGCAUCACGGAAGAAUGGUGCACAUCAGUGGGGCUGAGCAUAAAUUCAGCGAAAACUACUAUCGUACCAUUCACUCGUAAAAGGAAAAUGCAACCCACCAGGGACAUCCACCUGGGCGGACAAGUUGUACAUACAUCGGAUGAAGUAAAAUAUCUAGGAGUGACACUGGAUAGUAAGCUUAGUUGGAACAAGCAUCUAGAAUUCACAGUAAACAAGGCCACUAAAGCCAUUAUGAUCUGUAGGAACCUAGCGGGUAAAAACUGGGGAUGCUCCCCAAAAAUACUGCGAUGGAUGUACACCAUGAUGGUUAAACCCAUAAUCACAUAUGGGGCAGUGGUGUGGCAUGACACUACAAAGUUAAGUACAGUAAGGCGUAAACUUGACAAGGUUCAAAGACUUGCAUGCGUAUGCAUUACAGGAGCUAUGAAAACAUGCCCCACAGCAGCACUGGAGGUCAUAGUUGACCUGGCACCUCUUCACCUGGCAGUAAAAGGAGCUGCUAAAAGGGCCAUGUUCAGAUUAGCAAGGGAUAGAACGAACAGUAGGGACAUUGAUCAGAGAGCCUGGGUAUCUCAAACAAGAUCCAUUCCCCUGUUCGAUCUUCCCAAGGACGAUAUAACUCGGGAAUAUCACUUUGUUAGGAAUUUCAGUACAAAAAUUGACAGCAAAAGUGACUGGGAAAAUGGAUCUGUCGCCCGCUCACUUAAGCAGAAUACUAUCAAAUGGUACACAGAUGGUUCUAAAACCGAAAAAGGAACAGGAGCUGGAGUAUUUGGGCCUGGCACCAAAUACUCAGAGCCACUGGGAAAAUACACCAGUGUCUUUCAAGCGGAAAUACACGCUAUAGAAAGAUGCGCUCAAUUAAUCCUGAACAAAGACUACCUCAAGCAGGACAUCGCAAUCUUCACCGACAGUCAAGCAGCCAUAGCAGCACUGAGUUCACAUGUCAUCAGUUCUAAAAUGGUAAGAGACUGUUUGGGCAAACUUAAUGAGGUAGGAAAGAGAAACAAAGUCACAAUAUUGUGGGUACCUGGACAUACAGGCGUGCAAGGUAACGAAGAAGCCAAUAUUCUGGCAAAAAAGGGAUCUGGUUCUCAAUUUGUAGGACCGGAACCUUUCUGCGGCAUAGGAAAGAAUACUUACCUAUAUGAGCUUACAAAAAUGGAGGAUCAACUCAGAGAAAGCCUCUGGGAUGAUCAUCCAGGGUUGAGACACUCCAAGAUGUUCCUUGGAACCCUUGACCCAAAAAAAUCUAAAGCUCUAGUAAGUUUAACUAAAACUAAACUACGGAUUGUAACAGGAUUCCUAACAGGGCACUGUCACCUUCGAGAACACCGCAGGAAACUAAAACUAGAACAGACAGGUGAAUGCAGAUUCUGUGGGGAAGAGGAAGAGACCCCAGAACACCUAGUAACUGCAUGCGAAACAGUUGCCGAAAGUCGUGCCAUGCACCUCGGUAAUUAUGAAAUUCCAGAAGGAAAUAUCUCAUUACUGGAACCGUCACAACUAUUAGCCUUUAUUAAAGCCAUAGGAUUGUACGAAGAGGAUGAAUCGAAUAAUACGGUUUUGAACGAAGUUACUAUAUUGGAAGAACUAGAGACCUUUGCCGAUCAGAGUGACCUGGAUGAUGACGAAGAAAUUUUCAGCGACCACAACACUGCCAGUGAGCAAGAGAUUUCAGACUCGGACGAAGAAUAA